AUGUCGGGGUUGAGUUUCUUAGUGAACCUAUCAUACGAGUAUGUCGAUCAUGGAUCGAUCGUUGCCCUUGCAGAGAGGUGGCACCUGGAGACGAAUACUUUCAACCUCCUGGUAGGUAAGAUGAGCGUCACAUUAGAUGACGUCCUUAAUCUGCUCCUCCUACCCAUCAUGGGUCAAUUUUGUGAGGUCGAGGAGUUAGAGUAUGAGGAGGCUCAAUCUCUUAUUAUGGAACUGCUUGGCGUGGAUCGCGCGAAAGCUACAAUUGAGAUGAAACAGUCACGCGGUCCAAAAGUUAGGCUGAGCUGGCUCUGCGAGGUCUACCAGGAGUGCAUUGAGCAAGAGCUUUGA